AUGUCCGACUCAAAAGCCCUCUACCAAGACAAAGACGCCGACCACGCCCCAUCGCCAGAAACAUAUAGUGAACAAGGAAUCGCCGCAACAUAUUGCAUCAAUGGAACCAAACUCCUCCGAAAAUUAGACAUCCACCUCCUCCCCGCCGUCUGCAUCCUCUACCUCCUCUGCUUCCUCGACCGCGCCAACGUCGCAAACGCCCGUCUCGAAGGCCUAACCACCGACCUCCACAUAACCCCCAACCAAUACCUAACCGGCCUAACACUCUUCUUCAUCGGCUACAUACUUUUCGAAGUUCUCUGGAACGUGAUUCUGAAACGCAUCGGGCCCAAACUCUGGUUGCCGUCGACGACUCUAGCGUUCGGGAUCGUUGCCACGCUGCAAGGUGUGAUUGUGUAUAAUGGGGGGAAUUCGGGGUUAGCGGGGUUUUUUGUUGUGAGGUUUAUGUUAGGUGUUGCCGAGGGGGCAUUGUUUCCUGGUGUGGUGUUUUAUUUGAGUAUGUGGUAUAAACGCGCGGAGAGACAGUAUCGGGUUGCGUUGUUUUUUGCUAUGGCGAGUUUGGCGGGGGCUUUUGGAGGGAUUUUGGCGUAUGGGAUUGCGUUUAUGGAUGGUGUUGGUGGAUACAGAGGGUGGAGAUGGAUCUUCAUCCUUGAAGGUAUUCUAACGUGUCUCGUUGCGAUUGCUGCAUACUGGUUCGUUGCGGAUUGGCCUUCGAAAGCGAAGUUCAUUAGUGAGGAUGAAAGAGCUUUCAUCAACGCUCGGUUGAAGGCCGAUAGCGACGCUACGCAGAAUGAAGGAUUCAGCUGGUCGAAUGUCGUGCUUGCGCUGAAGGAUCCGAAGGUCUGGCUUUAUAACUUCGUCUUCCAUACGCUCAGUCUGCCGCUCUACACUUUGUCGCUCUUCUUGCCAUCGAUCAUCGCUGCUCUGGGCUACAAAACCUGGCAAGCUCAGCUUCUGACCGUACCACCAUAUGCACUUGCUGCCAUCUUGACAGUCGUUUACGCCAUCGUCUCGGAGAGAUUUGGAAUAAGAGCUCCCUUCAUCAUCGCCUCCACCACAACAGCCAUUAUCGGCUAUUGCAUUCUUCUUGGUAACACGAAUCCUACCCACCGACCAGGAGUAUCGUAUACAGGCGUGUUCUUCGCAGCAGCCGGUAUAUAUCCUUCGGUCGCGCUUGGACUCUCUUGGCCUGCGAUGAAUGUCUCUGGGCAGACCAAGCGCGCCGCGGCAAAUGGUCUGCAAAUCACGAUCGGAAAUCUGGGCGCUGUGAUCGGAACGCAAUUGUAUCGUGCACAUGAUGGACCGAGAUACAUUGUAGGACACAGCGUCGCGCUUGCAUACUUGAUCGGGAACAUCGUAGUUGUGAGUACAUUAUGGUGGCUGCUGAGGAAAAUCAAUAGGGAGCGUGAUGAGAAGGCGAGAUUGGAACCCGAGAUCCUUGAUGGCGAAUGGAAGGGCGAUACAGACCCGAGAUGGAGGUUCAGGACAUAG